AUGUCCGACACUCACGCCGGCGCUCAAGAGCCUGACAACACCAUUUCGUCCUCUUCCACAGAUGCUUCCUCUACACUACCCACCGGUUCUCACGAAAACGAGCCACACAACCCAGCAUCGUCAUCUUACCACACAACAGAUCCCCAGACCCUCAUCCAUCACAUCCACGGCGACGACACCCUCUACAACUCAAUCGACACGCCCCAACACUUUGCUUCUUCUUCCAAUGCAUCCACUUCCACCACCGUUCCCCAGCAUGCCCCACGUCCUUCCGCGUCGACAUCCACAUCCACAUUCACAUCCACAGCCGCGCGUCGUGCAGCUGGACGUGUCCAUUGGGACGGCACUUCCAACGCUGCCAGUUUGCGUCGAGGCGGUCAGCUCUCCAUUCAAUCCCGUACCGGAGGCGCUUUGACUGGUCCCACCGUGACCGUACGAGGAGGUGCCAUACCAGCUCAGCCAGACAGGUCCAAACCUCUUAGCCUCGGUUCUGUCCGCCGAAAUCAUCAUCCAGGUCCGCUCAACAUCGCACAACGCCUCACUCCCCGGAACGAGUCUAGCUCCCUUGACCUCCCACUUCAUCCACACUCCUCCACCGGCGCCGACGCCACUGACGCUGCCGCCGACUCUGACGCCCCAGUCACCUCAGCUGCUCACAUUCCUUCGCUCUCCUUGACAGGCGCCAAAGGUCUCGACGAGCAGGGUCUCGACAACCGCGCUUUCCUCGAACUUCAGCGUGAGCUUCAACGCCACGAGGCGCGCUCAGAAGAUGCUGCAAGCCAUAUCAGUUGGCAAGAUGCCCAAGCUGCCCAAGCUGCCCCAGCUGCCCAAGAUAGCCAAGGCGGUCAUCGUCUCGCCCAAGUCUUUGCCGAUCGAGAACGCGACCGUGAAGCCAGGCGUCGCCGUCAACAGCAUACCAUCCCCAACGCUGCCGCUCAAGACACGUCCGGUCUUCUGACAGACAUGAGCUUUCCUACCACCCCUGGCUCCGGCACCAGCGAGAGCAGCUACGACCCUGCCAAUGACUCGGACCUCGAGCAUCUCGAUUUCGUUCCCGGUGAGACCGACGGAAUGCCCACUCGCCUCAAGAAACGCAAUGACAACGAUGACGCCGAUCAACAGCCCAAAGGCUGGGCAAAGCUUCGCGGCCUUUUCGGCAAACCUCCCGCCGACCAAGAGGAUGAGGAGGAAAAGGGUGAGGUCGGCCAGACCGUCGAAUUCAAAAACGCCUCCUUGCACGACCAAGGCGGUCCCACCAACUGGAAGUCGGUCCCCGUCGAAACCUCCAGCGGCCUACACACAGACGAUGGUCCGCGGCGCAAACCCAACAAGUUUGAACGAGAGGCGGUGCGUCUCGUCAAACAGCACAAGCUUGCUCAGCAACGACAGGAUGCGCUUGAUCGCAUCGGUCGCUCGCACCUUCCCGACACGGGCGCCACUACCCCAGACGCAAUGGAGACCACCAUGAACCUCGAUGCUCGUCCAGUCAUGUCCGGCGGUGUCCUCGGCAAUCUCCUGCGUCUCUACGAACAGCAGCAGCGCGAAGCCAAAAGCGCUGCCACCAGUUCCAUCGCCAGCGCAAGCGAGUACAACACGGACGUCGACGGUAGGCAACUCAUUGACGAAAUCCCCCAACACGUUCAAGCCAAACUCAACUCGCCUGGCUUCCAGAGCAAAUCGGACAAGUACGAAAAGCGUCGCGGUUUGGCGCUCCACUCGAUCGCUUUGCCCAGCCCCAAGAUCACUCAGAAAUUUGCCAAGGCCGGCAACGUUGCCUUCAGCACCUCCACCAAGGUGGUUCGCGGCGUCGCCAACGAGACUGGUAUCGAUGCUGCGCUCGACGAACGCCCCAAAGCCGCAAGAAGCGAUGCAGGUGUGUUUGGUGCGCUUGUCGCCACUACAGGUAAUCUCAUUGGGGCCGUGUCGCCUCAGCAUGCCCAGCUGGGUCCCAACCCCAAGCGUCCUGGUUUCUCGCUCGAUCGCUACCUUUUGCCCGAGAUGAACGCUAAGACGCUCAAGCGAACCGCUCAGAUCGUCGCCGAUGCGGCUCCUGCUCCCUAUCGCCCCAGCAACUUUGGAUCGCCGCUGGCGUCACGCUCUCACUCGUUGCCCACCAGCCCCGACGCCGACCGUCGCGACAGCUCGACCCAGGCCAAUUCGCCUCCUGCCUCUGGCUACGUCACGCCGGGAAAGAAGCGUCCUAGCUCGAUCAUGCACUUGCCUUCACGCACCAUGACUGGCGCUAGCUCUGUCGAUGGCAGCGCACCUCGAAAGCGUCACCACCUCGGCCUUCCAGGCGCCAUGACGCGCGCCUUUACCUAUUCCAACCUGAACACGCCUGAUGUCAAUGCUGGCUUUGGCCCAGACUACUUUGGGCCCGAUGCCGAAAAGAUGCAUUCCGACUACCACAAGCAAGAGUGGCAGCGCAAGCUCAAGAAGCGAGCCAAGAACAAGAAACGCAAGGAGGAAAUCUUUAUCACCAUGCACGUUGCCGCCAUUCUGCAGCGUCAGCAAUUCAUCAUGAAGCUCGCACGUGCCUUGAUGAUGUUUGGUGCACCUACGCAUCGUAUCGAGACGCAGAUCCAGCAGACGGGUCGCGUGUUGGAGAUCAACUGUCGAUGCAUCUACUUGCCCAACCUCAUGCUUUUGGCAUUUGGCGACGACACUACGCACACGUCCGAGACCAAGUUUAUCAAGCAAACCUCUGGACUCGACUUGACCAAGUUGACCGACAUGCACACCAUCUAUUGGAACGUCAUCCACGACAAGAUUGGCGUCGAGGAGGCGUCUGCGCAGCUUGAUGAGCUCAUGAGGCGCAAGCCGCUCAUCGGGCGCAUACCCAUGGUGCUCAUCGGUGGCUUCGCCUCGGCGUUCAUCUGCGUUGGUCCGCAGGGGUUCAAUGGGAGCUUCAUUGACGCCGUCAUGGCGUUCCCGCUCGGCGCUUUCUUGGUCUACUGUCAGUCGAUCAUCACCACCGAGCUGUACAGCAACGUGUUUGAGAUCGUCUUUGCAACGCUCAACUCGUUUGUCGCUGCAGCGGUGCAGAGUACGGGUUACUUCUGCUACGCUGCCGUGGUAUCGGGAUCUAUUGUGCUCAUCCUGCCUGGGUUUAUCGUGCUCAGCGGUUCGUUGGAACUGCAGUCCAAGAACUUGAUUGCCGGCUCGGUGCGGUUGGUCUACGCGAUUAUCUACUCGCUCUUUUUGGGCUUUGGUAUUUCGAUCGGCGUUUCGUUCUGGCAGCUUUUCUCGGGCGACACCGAUACGCGAGGGUACAGCAACUGCAGCCUGCGUCACACCGACACAUGGUGGCAGUCGGAUGUGCGCGAGAUUUGGGCGCUGCUCACCGCUCCCGCCUAUUCGAUCUCGCUGUCGUUGCGCAACCAGGCCAAGGUGACGCGCAAAGAGUUUCCCGUCAUGGUGCUCAUCGCAUGCGGAGGCUGGGCUUGUAACCACUUUGCAGCGAAAGCAACGGCGCUCUCGCGGCGACAGGAUGUUACAGCAGCACUGGGAUCGCUCGCUGUGGGUAUCAUGGCCAACAUCUACGGGCGCAUCUUUGACGGUCGCAGCUUUGUCGUUUCGGUUCCCGGUAUCCUGUACCAACUGCCUUCCGGUUUGUCCAACGGAGGCGGUCUGCUCAACUUUGCCAACAAUUCAGACUCGACUUCGGCUUUCGCGUCUGGUUUCACCGUCGCGCAGAGUCUGGUCGAGGUGGCACUCGGCUUGACCGUCGGCCUAUUUGCAAGUACCGUGCUGUCCUACUUGUUGGGCGGUAGGAAGAUGAGGAAUGGUGGCGGACUGUUUAGCUUCUGA